GUUUUAAGGGGGUUGACACCAGCACAGUCCAAAUCUGUAAAAGUAAGUUUUAUGUUGUACUGGCUUGUCCCAGACAGGUAAAUUAAAUAUCUUCUAUGUUUUGCCCAAAUGGCAAAUUCAAUCCAAAUUGGACUCAAGCAGACAAUGUCAUACCGUUUAUAUUUUUGCUUGAUGUUUUUCUCGCCGUGGCUUUUGUAUUUGCAACUGCAGGGAAAUGAACCUGUGAGGUUAACUUUUGUGUGUUACAUUUUUGUCAGACUCCCUUUUGUCUUGAGAAUGUUAUAUAACAUUAUAUUCAUUUAAAGCUGCACCAAUGUUGUGUCUUAGUAUAAUAGUGUGUUGAAAAAAUACAAAAAGAACAGGGGGGAAGAGUUUCAUGACAAAAUGCGUGAACAUGUAACAGCAAUUCUGCCUUAAUAAUAAUGCUCAGUUUGAGGUCUGUUAAUAUUUUGGUUGUAGUUCAUAGCUGUUUGAAUUGCUUGAUUUACUGCCAAAAUACGAGAUGCCACUGCAAACGACUACCGCUGUAAUGCACAAUUUGUUAAAUGAAUCCCUCCACUGAUAGUGUUAAUCAAAAUGUACUAUUUUUGUCUAAUCUGAAUUGAUCAUCUUAUUGCUCUUGAUUGUGCAGGUUUACUGGAUGAAUUGACUGGUGAGUAAAUAUACCAUUGUUUACCUAUAUACAGUGUAUAUGAUGUACUGUCUUUGUCACUAGCAGAUGUUUAAUUGGCGACCAUGUUUAUUUGCUAAUUGAUGAUCCAUGCUUUUAUUCUGAAAACACACUCUGGAAGUUUACAUUUCCCACUUUUGUGAGCUUGACAGUUGGAACUAAUAUUAAACUGGAGAGAGAGAGGUGCUUCGCAUCCCCAAGGUGGGCUCCACUUUCCGCAGGCUUCUCGCCGGGUGGACUGCAACAUGCAGCGGCUGCGCUCCAGAGGGGUUUUCCUCACCCUGUGCUUAGCUCCUGCAGCGCUAACAAGCCUGCACCCUGAAUGUGAGUUCAUCUUCCAGCUGGAGAAGGACGAGCGCCGCUGCCUGCGCUCCAUUGCCGAGCAGGGAAACACAAGUGCACACGGUUGUCGAGCAUUCUGGGACACAGUGGUGUGUUGGCCUCAAGCUGCUGUUGGGGAAACGGUGCACAGUGCUUGUCCUGCUGUGUUUUCCCUAUUCAGAAACAACACCGGGCUAGUGAGCCGAAAUUGCACCGAUGGAGGUUGGUCCAGGCCCUUCCCGCCAUACCACGUCGCAUGCAGCGUGGACGAUGACAUACCGGAGACCGAGCAGACUUACUUUGCCACAGUGAAAGUGAUCUACACCAUCGGGUACAGCAUCUCUCUGCUGGUGCUGACAGCUGCUGUGGUCAUCCUGCUGCUCUUUAGGAGGCUCCGUUGCGCCAGGAACUUCAUCCACAUCCAACUUUUCCUCACGUUCAUCCUGAAAGCCGCGGCGGUGUUUAUCAAGGACGCCACUCUGUUCUCCAGCGACGACACCAACCACUGCACCCUCUCCACCUUUGCCUGUAAGGCCGCCGUGGUCUGUUGUCACUAUUGCGUCAUGGCCAAUUUUUUCUGGCUCCUGGUGGAGGCGCUCUACCUCAAUUCCCUGCUGCUCGCCUCCUUUUACCGCAGCCGCCGUUGCUUGUGGGGAUUCAGCCUGCUGGGAUGGGGUGUUCCUGUGUUCUUCGUUGUGCUGUGGAUUGGGUCCAGGGUGUAUUUUGAAAACACAGCAUGCUGGGACAUCAAUGAGGACUCACUCUAUUGGUGGAUCAUCAAGGGCCCGAUCGUGCUGUCCAUUGUGGUUAAUUUCAUGCUCUUCGUCAACAUCGUCCGAAUUCUGAUCCAGAAGCUGAGCCCUCGUCUGAUCCAGUUCAACAACUCCUCACAGUACAGACGCCUGACCAAGUCCACCCUGCUGCUUAUCCCUUUGUUUGGCACCCACUACAUGUUCUUCAAUUUCCUGCCCGACUACUAUAACGUAAACCUGCGACUCUGUGUGGAGCUCUGCAUCGGAUCCUUCCAGGGGCUGCUUGUCGCAAUCCUCUACUGCUUCCUCAAUCAAGAGGUGCAAAAAGAGGUGCACUUUCAGUGGCUGAGGUGGCAGGAGAGGAGCUGUGGUGUGGUUUCCCCUGCAGCAAAGGGCAGCAUGAUGGAGACACCCUUCUAGACGUGGCGCCGCAGGACACACAAACACAUGCACACAAACACAUUAUGUUGCUCUGCCUCAAGACUUACGUGGAGGCCUCAUUAGUCAAACUGAACAUUGGUGAUUUAGUUGAAUAGAGAGCCCAAUUUUAAAGACUAAAGCCAUCUAUUAAUAAUCAAAUGUUUUUGAAAAACUUUUUUUUUUUUAUUUUUUUAUUUAUUCUAUUUUUUAAAUAUUGUUUACUCCUUUCCUACUCCUCCUCGGACCACUGGUACACUGUGUUUCAGUGUUUUGUAUUUUUUAUUUUUUAAAUAAACUUUCAAUUAUUCAACCAAUAUCGAUUUGACUUACUGAUGACAUUUGCAUCUUAUGCAGGUUUGUAUCUUUUUUUUUUUAGACUGUUUUACAAUAUUCAGUUUCAUGUAUGAAUUCGUUGGCAGUACGUUGGAAGGAAAAAAAUUAUUUGGAGUGUUAUGAGAACUAAUGAGAAUUACAGUAAGGAUAGUUUUGCUAUUUUUGCAACAAUAUAUACUGUAAUUCUGCAGCUGCUAGCACUGUCUGUUGUUCAGCUGUACCACUGUACUGCAUGAAAACAAUGACGGUAACACUGCCUUUAAGUUAAAUGUUGUAAAAAUACAGUAUUUUGUUACGUAAUUUGUGUGAAUGGUCAGUCAUUUGUGGUAUAUCAAGAACAUGUAUGUUACAUACAUCAGUCCUUUGCCUUAAAAUGAAUGUAUGAGCUUGUGUUUAUUGAAACGUAAUUAUACGUGUUUCGACUUCUCCUGUGCUCACAGUGGUCUUUUUGAAUUCUUUGUGGGAAAAAAAAAAAAUAAUAAUAAUAAAUUCAC